CGAAUUUGACAGUUGCACAGAUUGUAAGGAGGAAAAUCGCUGUAACCCGAGCAGGUCCAUAUCCCUUUUCUGGCGCUUUUGGUCUUCUUUCGUGUAUUUUUAUUCUUGUCACAACGAACAUAUUCGUUCUAGGAAAAAAAAUCAGGUUUACGGGUAGCGUAAUAUAAGGUAAUAUAACCAAACGACUAACAAAAAUUCAACGAACACUCCAAAGAUAUACGGCGGUUUCUGAUAGCUGGUCGGUAUUUAAACCAUGGCUGCAACCGUCAGUCUGGAAUUGGAUCCCAUCUUCCUGAAGGGGCUCAGUUACCUCCACUCAAAAAGUAAAGACUCAGCUGAGAAACUCAAAGCUCUGCUGGAUGAGUCCUUGGCCAGAGGCAGUGAUUCGUCUUACCGCUCAUCUCUCAAGGAUAUGGAGGUGACCAAGAGUUCAGUGUCAAAACUGAGCCUAAGCAAACAGGACUCCAAGUCCUCAUCCAGCUCCUCCUCAAGCAGCAACACCAGCGGUAGCAGUAAAUCCAGCAGCUCAGAGAAGAGCAAAAAGGAGGCAGAGAAAAGACCCUCUGAAAAGGUCAGGGUUGAUCUGGGUGAGGUUGACCCUCCAAAAAAGCCUCGCUUAGAGAAACAGGAAAACCGUUCUUCUCCAGUUACUGUUCAGACAAGCAAAGACCUCAUUCUGCCGAACAUACAUGAUUAUGAUGAGACCAAUGCUGAUGACUUUGCCAUGGAAAUGGGUCUUGCUUGUGUGGUUUGCAGGCAGAUGACCGUAACUAUGGGAAACCAGUUGGUGGAAUGCCAAGAGUGUCAUAACCUUUACCACCAGGACUGUCACAAGCCUCAGGUGACAGACAAAGAAGUCAAUGACCCCCGGCUGGUGUGGUAUUGUGCUCGCUGCACUAGGCAGAUGAAACGCAUGGCCCAGAAAGCCCAGAAACCUCCACAGAAGCCAGCUCCUGUGGUUGCAUCAACAGCCCCUGUUGUUAAAGACACACUGGUUAAAAAGACUGAGCUUAAAGCAAAGCCCGACACAGCCAGCACCUUUCAAGCUUUCAAAAGAACAGAGGUGAAGGCUUCCACAACAUCAACCAACCCCUGCAUCACCAGCUCGUCCUCCUCAAGCAGUGGCCUCACCGGCUGGGCUGCUUUUGGGGCCAAGACAACUCCCUCUGUUUCUUCUAGCUCCAAAUUAAGUUCUUCAGGUCCCAGUGGUAACAACAAGACCACCACAACUCCCUCCACCCAGAAAUCUGUGGGCCUAUCUGGGCUAGCAGGAGCAAAGUCAGGACUUGGAAGUACCAAGAUGACAGGAGGCAACAACGGAAACGGCUCAAGCCAGGUGCCUCUGAAACCCCCUCCACCCCUUACGCUAGGUAAGCAGACAUUGAAUCGCUCAUCCAGCGCAGAAAGCCAAGGGAAGGCGUCUGUGUCUGGGUCAUCAGGGGCCAGCUCCCCUAGCGGGUCCCAAACAAGCACAGCUGGGAAUGGUGCUUCAGGGAGCAAUGGGGGUGGAAAUGGGAAUGGGAAUGGGUCAAAGGCUGCUGUUGGUGACAAGGCACCCACAUCCCAAGAGUCGCAGCUCAACGCCCUGAAGCGCCUGCAAAUGGUCAAGAAGAAGGCAGCACAGAAAAAACUGAAGAAAUGAGUGGUGAUGAAGAAAAACCAACAAAGAGUGGUGAAGACAGAACACAGUAAGGCCUCAGGUUUAGGGUGUAUGAUGUAUGGAAUUAGGAUGAGAGUGUAUCAUUGUGUCAUGGUGGUUAAUCCAUUUACAGAUGUCAAGGACUUCUGUAAAUGAAUGAGUCACCAUCCAGAUCAAUACUUGAAUCUUGCUUUGUUUAAAUGCUGCUGGAGUUUGUGUGCUUCGUUAUGUCCCAGUAAAUGUAAUGAUUGACAAAGCAACUGUCACUUUUUAUGAAAAACCAUUAAAUAUCUUC